AUGACCAGGCCCCAGAUGAUCCGUGCUGACUCGAUAGAUCUCCAAGGUGACGACGCCCUCUCUGCCAAGGACCGCAAACUCGCCUCUUCGAAAGCAGCACCGAACGGAUUACUUGCACCGCACCAGGCCGAGACACUUCGCGAGGUCGAGGAAGAACGGGCAGAAGAGGAAGCUCGCAGUCCGAGAGUCUCGUGGAUCGAUGGUAACAACGGCAGCGACUUGCAACAGUACGCCGCAGAACUCGCGAACGGCAUUGCGAAUUCCUUGAAUGGCAAUAAGAUGCCGUCUGAGGAUGCGCUCGCGAUCGCGCAGAAUGGAGGAGUCAUCAACGCCGCCCCCGACGAUGGAGAUAUGGACGGCGAUACCAACGACGACAUAGAUGAUGACAUGGACAAGAUAUCGAGCUCUCCUUCAAUUGAAGAUGGUGGGUGCACCCUCCCGCGCGUGUGGCCGAAGCGCGUCGGUUCUCUACAUCCUUUCUCCCUCCCUCGCAACCCUACAAGAUUCCUGGUGCUCGGCAGGCCGAGAUCUCCCUCACCGUAUCUCGAACCUACCGAAUACCUACCUCUACAACCCUCAGACCGGCAGGCAAGCAAGGCUUCCGCCGGUAGCCCCCGUUCUCGUCGUCUUCUUCCUGGUGAGUAUGCCGGAUCGGUCAACUACGAGAACUACGGAAGCCACCGCGGCCAUACCGAAUGCGAGGACGAGCCACGAGUGCGGACUUAUGAAGCCCAAUCCAGACUAGAGGACGCUCUCCUGCAUGUCCUAUCGGGCACACGACUAGUCGGACCCAGCUUAGACGAAGGAGGCAUCCGCCCCCUUUACAAUUCAGCAACACCCCUCAGGGCCGUGGAACGGGGAGGAGAAGAAGACGAAGAAGACCCCAAUGACAAUGACAUCGGCGGUAUUUCCUUAUAUCCGUGCACGAGACCCGUUGGUGUCGGUUGGGGCUAUGAAUGCUUACAAAAUCUAGAGGACAUCGAUUUCGAGUUCGUUUACGCCCUCCAUACCUUCGUCGCUACGGUCGAGGGCCAAGCCAAUGCCUCGAAAGGCGAUACGAUGGUGCUUCUCGACGACAGUAACAGUUACUGGUGGCUUGUCAGAGUGGUGAAGGAUAGCAGCAUAGGAUACUUGCCUGCAGAACACAUCGAGACACCUACCGAAAGGCUGGCGCGUCUUAACAAGCACAGGAAUAUUGACUUAUCCAUGACGAUGCUCGGCGAUCAGGCAGAGAAGGCUAAAACCCCUCUCAUAACCGCUAUAAAGAGGAGGAAAAUGAAGACUGUCGCCUUCGCGGCCCCGACUUACGUGGAUUAUUCCGAUUAUUCUUCCGACGAGGAGGAUGAAGACGGCGACGGCGACGGCGACAGCGAACUCGACGGCGACAAGUCAUCUCAACAGCAGGGCGCGCAACAAAAGGCCCAGCAGCAGCAGACGUCAUCUCAGCAAGUUGAUGCCGUAGAAGACGAAUCUGCGAAGGUGGAGCCUCUCAGGCCCCGAAGCCAACAGAAACAGACGAAGGCUGAAUCUGUCAAGGCCGAGGAUGGAGGGAAAGCAGAGUCAACUGCACAGGGCGAACCCCGCAGGAAUAGCGACGAAUUGUUCGAUGGAAAGGCUGAGAGGACCACGAGAAAUGGUACCGUCAGAAAUACGGACUCUUUCUUCAAGGACGAGACGAUAGAGACCAAAAAGAUUACGCUAACUCCCGGUCUGCUCCGGGAUGACAAUGAACCACGAAUGUCGAGCGACUCGAAGGAAUUCCAGCUACGGCAACGGCCCAGCCUAGAGAAAGAGCUUAGUCCCGACAAGAACAAGGACGACAAGAAGAAGAAAGACAAGGAUAAGAAAGACAAGGAGAAAAAGCCAAGCGCUAUUCGGAGUUUCUUCUCGCGGAAAGAUAGGAAGAAGUCUGUCGAGGAAGAAGACGAGUCGUCCAGCAAGAGGUCUUUGGACAGCAAUACUGACAUGCCGGAGAAGGACGCAGAGGAGCCGCACGCCGCCGACGCAGAUGCAUCGCCUGAGAGGGCGGUGGGUCCGCAGCGGAACCCGAGCAAGCUUCAGAAACACCAACCCGCUAGGGGCGACCCCUCUCCGACCCGCAAAUCGGCCUCUUCGGCGCUGCAGACAGAAGGCUCGGAACGCGGUCCCAUAUUAGGUCCCGAAGUCAGAACUAACAACGUAGCGAAUGUGCCGCCGGCGACCCUCAGAAUGGUGGAGUCCGACCAGCUCGCAAGCAAGGAUCGGACGCCGCCGAAGGACGAGAAAGCGAACCCUAAGCCAGUCGUCUCUCGGGAAGGUAGGCCACAGAAGGUUACGAAGGCGAAGUCGCGAGUUGAGCUUGACGACUUCGACUCGCCCGACGAAGGAGAAAUCGGUCCCGUCGCAGCUGGUAAACCGCAGCCGUCCGAGGAGAGAGAGCCGCGGUACAACCCGCCGGGAGCACAGCCAGACAGUUACGCCAGCGCUCAAACCCCCGCAUCCGAGCCGGCCGAUCAAGCGGCCAAGGCCCAACGACCGGAGGAGGAGCGUCUGUCGGAAUCGCCGGUUCAGGUAUCGCCCAUUACUUCCUCAAAUCCGCCCGCUCUCGUGGGAGAUACUUCCAGCCAGGAUGACCGCUCGUCGCCGGUAUCGUCGCCAUCGCCAGAGCUGGUGGGUGCCAACGGCCGGACGCACGGAAAACAGGAUUCGUUGGCGACGUCGACGUCGACGGCGACCACGUCGACCUGGAACGACACCAGCCUCCGCGCCUUCUUCGACUCGGGUUCCGAUAUCCGUGACUUGCUAGUGAUUGUUUACGAUAAGAGCGACGUCCCACCUGCCGGGCCGGAUCAUCCCGUCGCGGGAUCGCUGUUCCGGGAACAGAACGCGAAGCUGGCCGAGAUUACGACGCAACUGGACAACUUGCUCGGGGAUUGGCUGGCCCGGAAGCAACGCCUUCGAGGCACAGUAUAA